AAAAAUGACAUAAAACAUAACCUCAAAAUUUAUAUUAUUUCAAUAAAAAUGAGUGAAUUUUCCCCAAAAUCGAAGAAAUCUCUACAAGAGAAACUAAAAUUGCUUUGUAUUCAUGGUUAUCGGCAAAAUGGGGAAGCAUUUCGCCAAAAAACGGGGUCUUUUCGCAAGAUAAUAGGGAAAUGGGCCGAUUUUACUUACGUUACAGCCCCCCAUAAAGUAAUUAAGGUUGAUACGGAUGCAAAUAUUAAUAUUGGGCAAAGCCCCGAUACAGAACAAUUUGGGUGGUUCUUCAAUCGAGAUGAUCACACUUACCGCGGUAUUCGUAAAGGAGGUCCAGCUAUAGGGUUUGAAGAAUCUUUAAGGUUUAUUGAGGAUACUUUUAAAGAACACGGACCGUUCGAUGGAAUCAUAAGCUUCUCACAAGGAGGUUGCUUUACCGGGUUAUUAUGUGAUUUACAACAAAGAAAUUUGACUAAAUGCAAAUUUAACUUUGUCAUUUUCUUCUCUGCUUUUAAAUCGGAUUGUUUGCCGCAUAAAAAGUAUUAUUCUGAUAAAAUAACCAUUCCGAGUUUGCACGUUUUUGGGGAAAACGAUGAAAUAAUCCCGAAAGAAAUGAGUGCUGAUUUAUCGGAAUGCUUUGAAGAUCCUGUUGUUUUAAAACAUUCGGGGGGUCACUUCGUCGCUGCUAAUUCCCAACAAAAACCGAUUUACAAGGAAUUUAUACAAGAACGGUUUUUAGAGAAGCUACAAAAUGAAGAGGAUGAAUUAGAUGAUUAAAUUAAAAAGGAAUCUUUUUUAUCAUUAAAAAUUAUUUUCUUUUUGUACCGCUAGAUG